CUGGAUAGUUGGAGCUGGUGUCGCUGUCAGUGCGCGGAGUCACACACAGUUUGCCCGCUUGGCGUUGUUGUCAAAGAACGCUCAUGAUCUGGAGGUUUUAAACUAAAUUGAUGGUUACCUACUAUAUGCUUAUCGCAUGGACUGAGAGCGACGAUGCGGAUUUGAAAGAGCGGAAGGUCCAGAAAAGAGGCUCUCUCUUCAACCCUGACAUCCACCCAACUUCUAACAUUGCCUGUUUCAAGUGUCACCGGAAACCUGUCAAAAGCUUGAGCCAUGCCCUGCGUCCAGGCUCAGUAUGGAUCAUCACCUCAAGGAGCCAGCCCCGCUUCCCAGAGUUACAGCUACCACACCGCAGGAGAGUACAGCUGCGACUUCCUAACGCCCGAGUUUGUUAAGUUUAGCAUGGACUUGACCAACACUGAGAUCACAGCCACCACUUCUUUGCCGAGCUUCAGUACCUUCAUGGACAACUAUAACACCAGCUACGACGUCAAGCCGCCUUGUCUAUAUCAGAUGCCGCACUCUGGAGAGCAGUCCUCCAUCAAGGUGGAGGACGUCCAGAUGCACAGCUACCACCAGCAGAGCCACCUGCCUCCCCAGUCGGAGGAGAUGAUCGCUCACUCUGGGCCUAUGUACUUCAAGCCGUCCUCACCUCACUCUCCAAGCACGCCGAACUUCCAGAUCCAGUCCAACCACAUGUGGGAGGACCCGGGCUCUCUGCACAGUUUCCACCAGAACUACGUUGCCGCCACGUCUCACAUGAUAGACCAGCGCAAGAACCCCAUGUCGAGGCUCUCGCUCUUUUCGUUUAAGCAGUCCCCACCCGGUACCCCCGUGUCUAGUUGCCAGAUGAGGUUCGACGGGCCGUUGCACGUCUCCAUGAACCACGACGGCCCGGGUGUAGCGCACCGCGGCCUGGACGCACAGAGCUUCGCAGUGCCCAGUGCCAUCAGGAAGCAGGCCGGUCUGGCCUUCCCUCACUCCCUGCAGCUCGGACACGGGCACCAGCUGGUGGACAGCCAGGUGCCGUCUCCCCCUUCCCGGGGAUCGCCGUCAAACGAGGGUCUAUGCGCGGUGUGCGGGGACAACGCAGCCUGUCAGCACUAUGGAGUGAGGACAUGCGAGGGGUGCAAAGGAUUCUUUAAACGCACCGUUCAGAAGAAUGCAAAAUAUGUGUGUUUAGCGAAUAAAAACUGUCCUGUUGAUAAACGCCGAAGAAACCGCUGCCAGUUCUGCCGCUUCCAGAAGUGCCUUGUCGUCGGAAUGGUGAGAGAAGUUGUCCGAACGGAUAACCUGAAAGGAAGGAGAGGACGCCUACCAUCCAAACCCAAAAGCCCCCAGGAGCCCUCCCCGCCUUCGCCACCGGUGAGCCUCAUAAGCGCGCUGGUUCGGGCCCAUGUGGACUCCAAUCCCUCCAUGUCUGCUCUGGAUUACUCGAGAUUCCAAGCGAACCCUGACUACCAGAUGACCGGCGACAACACUCAGCACAUCCAGCAGUUCUAUGAUCUCCUGACGGGCUCCAUGGAGAUCAUUCGAGGCUGGGCGGAGAAGAUCCCGGGCUUCUCCGAUCUCCCGAAGCAGGAUCAGGAUCUUCUCUUUGAAUCCGCCUUCCUGGAACUCUUCGUCCUGCGGCUGGCGUACAGGUCCAAUCCGGUGGAAGGGAAACUUAUAUUUUGUAAUGGCGUGGUGUUGCACAGACUGCAGUGCGUCCGUGGGUUUGGAGAGUGGGUGGACGCCAUCGUGGAGUUUUCUUCCAACUUGCAGAGCAUGAACAUAGACAUUUCGGCUUUCUCCUGCAUCGCAGCUUUGGCCAUGGUGACAGAACGGCACGGUCUCAAGGAACCCAAAAGAGUCGAGGAUCUCCAAAAUAAGAUCGUCAACUGCCUGAAGGAUCAAGUGACAUUCAAUGGCGGCGGUUUGAAUCGGCCCAACUACCUGUCAAAACUCUUGGGGAAGCUCCCCGAACUGCGCACACUGUGCACCCAAGGUCUGCAGCGUAUCUUUUACCUAAAGCUAGAGGACCUAGUCCCCCCGCCAGCAAUAAUUGACAAACUUUUCCUCGACACCCUACCUUUCUGAGGCAAAACCCUCAAAGAACUUCCACAAAAAGACUGUCCGAGACGAACUUAACAGAUGAUGUUUUUCCUAAUUUGCUUUUGUAAAAUUCAUAAGCUAAUUGAACAACAGUUAAUGGGACUUCACGAUAAA